AUGAGUCAGGCUGCAUCGCAAUCGCGUGAGCCCACGUAUCUCGACUAUCAUGAUCGCAUUCCCCAGCGCCAUGCCUCGAAAUCUGCUCGCAACAGGCCUGAAGCCUCGCCGCACAGCCGCCACUCUUUGAACGAGGUCGACGCUCCCGAGCCUGUGCAAAACAGACAAGAUGAUUCUGCCUGGCAUCGACAGACACACCUUGAAGACGAAGACGAAUCUCUCGACUCGGCUCCCACGCCUCCGUCAUUUCGCACUCGGCCUUCAUCGUCACCACCAUCUCCGCCGAGGGAUUCUCCAUCUCCACUCGCGACUCAACUCUAUAUCGUUUCGCAUCUCGUCUUCCUCUCGAUAUGGGGCACCCUCGCUCGACUGGGUAUGCAAUGGCUUACCUUCUACCCGGGUGCUCCGCUUGUGACCCCUGUGCUCUGGGCCAACGUUGGCGGCUCGUUCGUCAUGGGCUUCCUGUCAGAAGACAGACGAUUGUUUCGUGAAGAGUGGGGUCUCGACAACAUGGAUACUCAUACAAGAGAGAAAGCGCUGGAACAAGAACAGUCUGAUCCUGCUGCUGCCAAAAAGGCGCACGCAAAGACGAAGAAGACGAUACCGCUGUACAUUGGUCUGGCCACAGGCUUCUGCGGUUCCUUUACCUCGUUUUCGUCUUUUAUGCGUGAUGUCUCCUUGGCUCUGUCGAACAAUCUUCCAACUCCUGUCAACCAUCCAUAUGCGACCGUGCCGUCAUUCACGUCGACCAUACAUCGCAAUGGUGGCUAUUCAUUCAUGGCUCUGCUUGCCAUCAUCAUAUACACUGUCGCGCUUUCUCUGGCUGCUCUCAAUGUCGGCGCGCACCUGGCUCUCGCUCUCGAUCGCUUUACGCCUACCUUGCCUUUCAGACUUACUCGUAAAUUUCUCGAUCCGCUUGUCGUUGUGCUCGCUUGGGGCUGUUGGCUUGGUGCCAUGUUCUUGUCUAUCUGGCCACCGGAUAGGCCGUCCGGUCCAUCUAGCCGCGGCAGCUGGGCGAACGAAGUCUGGCGCGGCGAAGUCUUGUUCGCGCUAGUCUUCGCGCCCGUAGGUUGUCUUCUUCGCUACUAUGCGUCGCUUAAACUCAACCCCAUCACUGCGUCCUUUCCCCUGGGAACUUUCGCUGUCAAUGUAUUCGGAUGCGCAGUAGAGGCCAUGUGCUACUCCAUCCAGCACGUGCCAAUCACUUCAACUGCUGGUGCGCUGAUCGGUGGAGGCAGGGUCGGCUGUCAGGUCUUGCAAGGUGUCAUGGAUGGCUUCUGCGGCACUACGACUACUGUCAGUACAUGGGUCGCAGAGUUGCAAUCUUUGCGGCGGCGACACGCCUAUGUGUAUGGCGCGGCGAGCGUGGUCGCCGGCCUUUGUCUCAUGAUAGUCAUCAUGGGCUCAGUGAGGUGGACAAUUGGUUGGACCACGCCAGCAUGUGUGACCAUGAGAACCUCGUUGUGA